AUGGACAGCGACGACGAGAUGGUGGAGGAGGCUGUGGAAGGACACCUGGAUGAUGACGGAUUACCUCACGGGUUCUGCACGGUCACCUACUCCUCCACUGACAGAUUUGAGGGGAACUUUGUCCAUGGAGAAAAAAAUGGCCGAGGGAAGUUCUUCUUCUUUGAUGGCAGCACCCUGGAGGGGUAUUACGUGGAUGACGCCCUGCAGGGCCAGGGAGUUUACACGUAUGAGGACGGAGGAGUUCUGCAGGGCACUUACGUGGAUGGGGAGCUGAACGGCCCGGCCCAGGAGUAUGACACGGAUGGGAGGCUCAUCUUCAAGGGGCAGUACAAGGACAACAUUCGGCAUGGAGUGUGUUGGAUCUACUACCCAGACGGAGGCAGCCUUGUAGGAGAAGUCAAUGAAGAUGGGGAGAUGACUGGCGAGAAGAUCGCCUAUGUGUACCCUGAUGAGAGGACCGCACUUUAUGGGAAGUUCAUUGAUGGUGAGAUGAUCGAAGGGAAGCUGGCCACGCUUAUGUCCACGGAGGAGGGGAGGCCUCACUUUGAACUGAUGCCCGGAAACUCUGUGUACCACUUCGACAAGUCGACUUCGUCCUGCAUCUCCACCGACGCGCUGCUCCCAGACCCUUACGAAUCAGAGAGGGUUUAUGUUGCAGAGUCGCUCAUUUCCAGUGCUGGAGAAGGACUGUUUUCAAAGGUGGCUGUGGGCCCCAAUACCGCCAUGUCUUUCUAUAAUGGAGUCCGAAUUACACACCAAGAGGUCGACAACAGGGACUGGGCCCUUAACGGGAACACCCUGUCCCUCGAUGAAGAAACGGUCAUUGAUGUGCCUGAGCCCUAUAACCACGUGUCCAAGUACUGUGCUUCCUUGGGACACAAGGCAAAUCACUCCUUCACUCCAAACUGCAUCUAUGAUAUGUUUGUCCACCCCCGCUUUGGGCCCAUCAAAUGCAUCCGCACCUUGCGAGCAGUGGAAGCCGACGAGGAGCUCACGGUUGCCUACGGCUAUGACCACAGCCCCCCGGGGAAGAGUGGGCCUGAAGCCCCUGAGUGGUACCAGGUGGAGCUAAAGGCUUUCCAAGCUACCCAGCAAAAGUGAAAGGCCUGGCCCUGGGGUCCAGAGACCUGGCACAGAACCUUGGAUCUAUGCACUACGUUUAUUCGACAAUGGGACAACCAGGGACUGCUCGUGCUGUUGACAUCAUAUCCUCUCACCCUGCGUUAGCAACGCCGUUCUCGCAUACUAACUAGGUUUGACUGUAUUACUCAUACCAGUUUAAAAUUAGCUAGCCUGGCAGCAACCAUCCUACUGAGAGGUAUUGCGGAGCGCUUGACAUACGACAGCAUGAUGUGCUGUGGUGGUUCAGGUCUAAAUCUGUCCCACAGUCAGAGAUGCCAAAUGAUCAGACU